AUGAGUAUUGUCGGACACAGAACUGGAAUAGGGAUAGAUCCAUCUUCUCUUGGCUUUGGCUUCCGCUCCGUUAAGAUGAGCAAGCCUGGGAGUCUCCCGAGCGCCCGAGGCCAGAACAUGAUGCGGGAGGGCGGUCGCCAGCAGCGGCCUCCUCUCUCGCCGCACACCAAAUUCGAGGGCCUGGACCCCGCCCUUCCUCCGCCGCCCAUUGACAAGCCCCUCGCUGUGGUGGACGACGAAGGACCCGCCGAGUACAUCGACACGACCACGGGCAAGAGGGCGAAGGAGCCAAAGCCGUGUUGCGGUUGUAGGACCUGCGAUUUCCGCUUCCCUCUGGAGAUGGACGAGGAGACAUCAACGGUCUACCGCGAAGCCAAGUACUGCGGUCUCUCUUACACUUUCAUUUCUUCGUGGUGUCUGAUGCUGGUGUUUGGGACCGUGGCCGCUGGAGGUAUCGUGGCCGUGGGGUUCCUCGAUCCCAAGUUGCUCCAGUACCAGAUCGUUGGUAUCAUCCUGGCGAUCGCCUUCGGAGUGGGCUUACCGGUAUUCAUCGUAUUUUGGAUCUGCGUGCAGAGGGAGGCCCGAGACAUUCGUCGCCAGUACCGAGUCAUGAAGAACAAGGAACAGGUCUACAAGGAAGAGAACAGCGCACUCAACGAUAACGGGAAGAAAAAGAACAAACAGAAAGAUGAGGAAGAGAAGGAAGAAGGGAAGAACAAGAAUGACAUAAAAGUUGAUGUUGAGAGCUCGAGGACAACUGGAGAUGAUGACGUCGAGAUGUUGAUUGGUAAUGUUUAGGUCGAGCGAAGGAGUGCGUUUAUUGUGUGUGUGUGUGUGUGUGUGUGUGUGUGUGUGUGUGUGUGUGUGUGUGUGUGUGUGUGUGUGUGUGUGUGUGUGUGUGUGUGUGUGUGUGUGUGUGUGUGCAAGAGUGCGUAUGUCUUGCUUGUUGGAGUGUGGUUUAAUACAAUUCUUAUAAAGGCAGCAGACCGUGUCAUAUGAAGGAAAAUGAAAUUGAUAUCACACGCGGAGGAUGAAGACUUAA